UCUCUUCAUUUCAUUGAAGAAAAUUGACAGAAUGACGACCAUUUAAAAUGAGCGUCGUCUGGCGCUAUGAUAUUUAUGUACUUUAUGUACUUUAUUUUUCUUUCUUCCUUUUCUCUCCAACGUCUAAUUACAUAUCCACUUCGUUUCAAGUGCAGAAGGUGCAGGUGCAGCUACGAAGAGGGCGCGAUGAACGCGCUAACUUGACGUGCGGCGGGUCCGACGUUGUAAUGGCCGACUUCGAGAUUCACUUAUUAAAUUCCCAACUUCACGAUUGUUGUGUGCGGCAUUUGUUUGCGCUGAAGUUCGUCUCCAAUGGAUUUGUUGUCGCGGUGACCAGGCCGCCGCGAGUGCUGUGGACCGCUGCGCGGGGAGGAGGACAGGACGGCUCGGUUCGGCACGUACGGAAUUUUGCCGGAUAUUCGACAGGCGAGAUGAGAGAUUUCCGCAGAUACGUUCCCGCAAACGCAUCCGUCCGACGUCCCGCGCUAGGUUAAACCGCACUUGACCGGAGAGCGUGGAUCGCAGACCGAGGGCGCGCAGCGCGGUGCCGAUCGUCCGAUCCCGGGGAGAGUCCGACGGUUGAAUUAUGGGCUCGAUCAACCUCAUCUGCCCUAUGUGCUGCGGCGAGACCUUCAACAAUCCUCAGUCCCUCAAGUACCACUUGUUAAGCCUGACGGACAAUCUUUAUUGCCCCGGCUGUUCCCAGCGUUCCGACUCCGUGACAGCGCUCAUUCAGCACCUGGACAUGUGCGAGCACGAUCUCAGGUACAAGAUGAAGCCUGAGAUUCUGGCGGACAAGCUCAGGAAGGGCGGAAAGGAGCCCGAGAUCAAAAUGGAUCUGCUAAUGGAUGUCAAGGCGCAGCAGAUUAAUCGGGGCUUCCUCGCGACGAUGGGCAGCAACGGAGUUAUCAUAAUGGGCGAUCCGCAGACGAUACAAUUGGAUGAGAAUGGAGAGAUUAAAGUCGUAGAAAAGAUGGACACGGAAGGAACGCAACCAGAUGAAAAUUCUCUGGAUUUCAAGAUGUCCGAAGGAUUCGCCGGCGACGGUGGCGGAGCGCAGAGAAGAUUGCAGUCGUCGCAAGGAUUGAUGACUAUCCCCAUAUCGAAUGCAGACCGCAAGACGGCGUCAAUGGAGAAGAAUGUGAUCGCCGUGUUACCGGACAGUUCCGAGCUCCUGGAUGGCGAGGCUGCUGCCCUGAUCGAUGUGGAUCGUUUAAACGAGACAGGGGAGAUCGACGAGGCUGGUUUUCUGCGUGUCAAGCGAGAGCUGUGCGAGCUCGAGUCUGACGCUGUAUAUAGUUGCACCAGUUGCGAAAUGAGCUUCAACUCCGUCCUGGAGCAUAUCAAGCAGUUCCACGAUGGCCAGGAGGUUUUGCUAGAGAUGGCGGAGCAGUUGAAUGAUCUGGCGACGACAAGUCCGGUAUCCGUGUUGUCCGAGGGCUCGGAAAAUGUGGCGAACGCACGGCAGCGGCAGACGAUGAACACGUUGCGCACGGAGGAAUGUGUGGAUAGCGAGGGUAGGCUCUACACCAGAAAAGUCGUGCAAAUUGAGAAAUUCUGGGACCGUACUCCGAUUCAGGUGACAACGUCACAAUCAGCGAAGGCUCCGAUGAUCGAGAAGUUCUUUUCGAAUGUGGAAGGUGUUAAGGUACGAGAGAAACGCCUGGCGACCGCGUCGAUGCGAAUGUACAAAUGCAAUCAGUGCCUGCAGCAGUUCUCCAAGUUGGGAAAUUUUCGCGUGCACGCCUGUCUCCGUGGCAAUAAUCGUUGCGAGCAAUGCGAUCAGAGCUUCGCGACCCCUAGAGCCUUGCAACUUCACGCGAAGGUGCACGACGGCGAAGCCGAUCCGAACCGGAAGACAUUCCUCUGUACUACAUGCGGUACCGAAUUCUGCUCCCACAAAAGCUUACGACUGCAUUCGAGGAUGCACGCGCCAGUGAGAGCCAGACAUGUCGAUGCACCCGAGGGCACCCCUAACGCGACUUUCACGUGCCCCGAAUGCGGUAAAACGCUAUCCGAAUCGUACAAAGACGCGCACAUGACGCUUCACACGGGCGACUCAGUGACGUGCACUGUGUGCAACCGAAAGUUCGAUUCCGCGGAUAGCCUGACGAUGCACGCGGCGGUGCACGUCGAACUGGCACCUCCGCAGUCGCCUAUUAUGCAGACUUUGAUUUCGACGUCUUCCGAGGCAACGACGACACCAGCAACGAUAACACCGGCUUCGACGGUAACGUCAACAACGACGGUGACGACGGCGACAACGACAGUGACAACAAUGGAUCCAGGGGACAGCCAGAAACCCUAUCAGUGCCAGCAUUGUGGACGCAGGUUUACCAGACCGCACGAGAAAGUCAAGCAUGAACGAAUUCACACCGGGGAGAAGCCGCAUGCCUGUGAGGUUUGCGGCAAGACCUUUCGCGUGUCCUACUGCCUGACCCUUCACAUGCGCACGCACACGGGCGUACGGCCCUACGGCUGUCAGCAUUGUGGCAAACGCUUCAAGGCGUCCUCCGUCUACAAUCAUCACUUGCUGACGCACGGCGAUGAGCGCGCCUACACGUGUCCGUACUGUCCGAAGACGUUCAAGACACGGGUGCAGCUGGCCGGUCACAAGAACAGCCACACGAAGCCGUUUCGGUGCACUGAGUGCUCACGGCCAUUCGCGUCGCUCUACGCUGUUCGCGCGCACAUCCAGACCCACAAGAAGGACAAUAAUCUCAAGUUCAGCUGCUACGUGUGCGGCGCGUCGUAUGGCCGGGCGUUCGCCCUCAAGGACCACCUGAAGCAGCACGGUCAGGACGUGCUGGCGCUACCGGAGCCAGCGCGGGAGGAAGAGGUACACGAAAACUUUCUCCUCGGCGAGGAGGAAGCUGAGGAAGACGAGUUCGUGGCCCCGCCACCUCCACCACCGCCGCCGUCUCCACCGCGCUCCUUCGGCGUGGACGACACCAACUGAGGUCAAUUGUUGCAAUUCGAUUCUAGUCAUAGAAUCGUAGCGCGUCCCGCAAGCUUGCCGAAAGCUUGUCGUAAGCCUACGGAGCGUUCGUGAAGACUGGAGUAUUGUUACAAGUUCCGCGAGUUGUUGCGUGAAUCGAAUAGAGCGGAUUUUUUUACCAAACCCAGUCGCCAUCGAUUGGGACCUAGUUGUAUGUAAGCGUUGUUGACUCGUUAACAAAGUUUAUUGUCUGUUCGUAUUUCCCGUACUGUGUUCGCCGUUUUUCCAUCAUGAAUUCGUGAGCCUGAUCGAAAGAUUCACUGCUGGGAGCAACUAAUCCGCGAAUACAAGUGUUGCAUUACCUCAAUCGAUUCGAACUGGACAUAAUUACGCAACGAAGAAUUAGCCGGGUGCUUAAUUGGUCUUCUUUAAAAAAAAAAAAGAAGCAGAAUUUGAAUAUAUCGUGAUGAAUUUUUUUGACAGGCUAAUAGCGUACAUUAUAUAAAUUGUAAAUGUAUUGACCAAUUAUUAUUGAAUUACACACAAG